AGUUUUAUUUUACCUGGCGAGGAUUCUAAAAAAAAAAAAGACAAAUCUAGGAAUCGUCGCCAGCUCCUACGCCUGUAACGGUGUAACCUCUGGCCUCUACUGCCCAGAGAGGAACGAAUCGCCAAUCCAGGGUUCCAGGGGCACCAUGGACACCAACUGGCGUCCCAUCCAGGGAUCCGACCCGGCCGGCGGCGGCGGCGUAGACCUGAACGCGCCCGGCCCCGCCGGAGGCGACUGGCGCACCCAGCUCCGGCCCCAGGCGCGCACCAGGGUGGUCAAUAAGAUAGCGAAGGUUCUGAAGAAGCAUCUGCCAGUACCAGUGCCUGAGGAUCUGACCAAAAUUCAAAACAUCGCUGUGAGAUUUGAAGAGAAGGUCUAUGCCACAGCGACCAACCAGUCUGAUUAUCGGCGGAAGAUUGCUCUGAAAUUGUGCGUUGUGGAUGAGAAGAUACCACAGGUGCCUGAAAAUGCUCAAAUCAAGCCCGGUCCAGGUUGAUGUGAAGGACAGGGUCUACAUUGCUGCAAUUGGUCGCACGCAGCUGAGUUGCCUCGAACAAAAGACAUGGCUGGGGUAGAAUGGCUGAUACCCUGUUUUCCUGAACUGUCGAAGUUUGGUGGUUUCAGUUGUGUUCUGUUGUUAGUAUGGAUCUCCCUUUGUCUCUACUUUCAUUUGCGAUUGACCUCUGAGACUUUGGGCUUGUAAAACUUGAUACUAAUGAAACCAGGGGUAAUGAUCCGGAGUUGCAUUGAUGGGAA